GCUCUAGCAGGGGCUGGGGCCGCAGCGGGGGUAGAAGGGCAGGUCAGUGCUCGCCAGGAGCCAGAGCACAAACCUAUGACGAGGUCGCGUCCGGUGGGCACCACCCGCAGCGCAGAGUCCGGAACGUCCAGAGUGCGGAGAGUAGUCCCGGCUCUGGCCGGGAGCGAUCCGUCUGGGUAGCCGGGGACCUAGGCGCCGCCAUCCUUGAGAAAGCAGCUGUCCGGAGAGCAGGCAUCCUAGAUCUGUAAGAAACCAGCCGUCAGAGAAGCCACUGAUUUCAGGCGCCCGGGAGCGUUAGGCUGAACAGGAGGGUAAUAGAGGACCACGGGCUCUGAACCGUCGGGAGCUGCCCCUGGCCCGACCCACGGGGGGGACCUUCGGCUUGACAGGUUUGGGGAAAGGCACUCCUGAGGCCGGAGCCCGCAGGGGCGGGGGGGUCCGGGCGCAGCCGUCGGGGGCUUCCCGACUCAGGCCCGAGCCCGGCCGCCGCCUCCGGGGCCCUCGGAGAGCCCCGGGCCUCCGUCGCCAUUGCGCCCAAGAGUGAGGAGGAUCUGCUGGCCCUGGCCGCGUCGCGGCUGAGCCGCCGAAAGCGGGUGGCGGGAGCGGCCGUCGGGGUGGCCAUGGUGCUGCUGCUCCUGGUGGCCAUUCCACUGCUGGUGCACAGCUCCCGCGGGCCUGCGCACUACGAGAUGCUGGGUCGCUGCCGCAUGGUGUGCGACCCGCAUGGGCCGCGAGGCCCAGGACCCGACGGCGUGCCCGCCUCCGUGCCCCCUUUCCCACCGGGCGCCAAGGGAGAGGUGGGCCGGCGCGGAAAGGCAGGUCUGCGGGGGCCUCCGGGACCGCCAGGUCCCAGAGGGCCUCCAGGAGAGCCUGGCAGGCCAGGUCCCCCGGGCCCUCCGGGCCCAGGCCCAGGCGGGGUGGCGCCCCCUGCCGGCUACAUGCCUCGCAUUGCCUUCUACGCGGGCCUGCGGAGGCCACACGAAGGUUACGAGGUGCUGCGCUUCGACGACGUGGUGACCAAUGUGGGCAACGCUUAUGAGGCGGCCAGUGGCAAGUUCACCUGCCCCAUGCCGGGUGUCUACUUCUUCGCUUACCAUGUGCUCAUGCGCGGCGGCGACGGCACCAGCAUGUGGGCAGACCUGAUGAAGAACGGACAGGUCCGGGCAAGCGCUAUUGCUCAGGACGCAGACCAGAACUACGACUAUGCCAGCAACAGCGUCAUCCUGCACCUGGACGUGGGCGAUGAAGUCUUCAUUAAGCUGGACGGCGGGAAAGUGCACGGUGGUAACACCAACAAGUACAGCACCUUCUCUGGCUUCAUCAUCUACCCGGACUGAGCCGGGUCCCAUCCCCCGCGGCCCCCCCCCCCUCUCCUUUCGCCUCCGGCCUCCUCCUCACCCACCUUCAGCCCGCCCCACCCAAGGCGCCACCCCAUCCUUUGAGAGCCUGGCGGUGGGGCGGACCCUCUCACUCCCAGAGACGGCCUUAAUGGGUGGACUCUUGGUGUUCUGGGGUAUAAGCAGCUGGAGAGUCGAGGAGGCCGGGCCGGAGGAGGAGCAGAGUGGCUUGGGAAGGGACCAACGGCAUCCCUGUGCCGGCCUGUGAAAGCCUGGUAGUAGAAAGGCGGGGCUCGUAGCUCUCUUCUGCCGGGAGCUGGGGAACAGUUUCACUAGCUAGAGCUCAGAGCCACUGAAAGCAGGAGGGAAGCCCUGGCAUCAUGGGAAGUAGAGAACAGAAACAGAAGCAGCCCAUCUAGGCACGAGGAGAGGAGACGUUAGGGUGGGGUAGGCGCUGGUCCUGUCAUGACAACUUUCUCUUGCCAUCCCCUCCUCCCCUCAUCUCUAUUUUCAGGCUCCAGGCUUCGGCCUUGGCAGCCUUCCUGUGAACUGGAGGAACCAUUGAAUUCUUUCCUAGUAUUUAAAACUCAUUCUGUACAGUCCCCAUUUCACCCCCAUUCGGGUUAGGCCCUGGGGCUACAGCUGCUGUUGCCUCUUCCAAUAAAGUGAAGUUGGAGAAUGUGUGUGCCUCUUAACUUGGUGCACAGCAUGGGGAAAAGUGGCUGACCCCUUUUCUCAAGGACUCUCAAGGGAGUCUCAAGGACUCCCACCUCACCAUCACUCUCUGCCAAGGCCUGCCUGGAAGAGUAGCUCAGGGCUUCUACCCUGAUAUGGAAAGGGAGGGGUAUCAGCCUCAGGAGAGCUUUGGGGCCUUACACUAUAGGGAAACACCAACCAGAGUGAUAGUAACAAGGGAGGAUUCCAAAGAUACGGGUCUGGUGCUUUUGCUUUCCACCUGAUAUAGGGAGAGUUCUUAGAAAAGGAGCUCUAGGGGAUGAGGGAAUAGCUGAUGGCUCCUGGAAGUGGCACUGAUCUCAAGGAGCAAGGAGAAGAGGAGGUCCCCAAAGGCCCAUAUUUGCCCUUCAACACACUCCUAGAGCUUGCUGAGCGGGAUGACUUCCUCCCUUCAGGACAGCUCCUAGGUGAGGGGGCCUGGGGCAUCCUGAGAGCCCAGGGCUGGCUACUAAGCUGGAGGACACUGCCACCAAGUGGGCAAUCGGAGAGUGACAGCAGUAGCUGGCCUAGAUCGGACCAGAAGGAAACAGACAUUUGGACACUUCAGAAACUUUAUUGAAGGACAAAAGGGUGUCUGCUCCCAGUCCCGUGGGGUAGACCGACAAUAAAUAAGGGCUAAAAGGAAGGAGCAAGGCAGAG